AUGCCCCUCUUCCACAGAAAAUUAUCUCCAAAUUUACUCAACGAGAAAAUGUCACUUGUAAAUAAUAUUGAUUGCAUAGAUAAUAAUUUUGGUUUAGAAAAUAGAUCUUUAACUUGUAGUUUUAGCGAACUUCCUCAUUGGCUGCAAGACAAUGUUGAUAUUCUUACAGGCUACCGGCGACCAACUUAUUCAUAUAUCAAAUGCAUGCGAUCUUUAUUUUAUCUUCAUAACGAAAGUGUUAAUAUCUGGUCUCAUCUUGUUGGCGCAGUUAUAUUCAUAAUUAUUUUAAUUACAACAUAUUUCUCUUUAUCGACUUAUUCUUCAAUAACACCUUGGGAUUUCGUAGUUCAAUAUAGCUUUUUAGUUGGUGUGUUACUCUGCCUAACUUUUUCAGCAUUAUUUCAUUCUUUUAUGUGUCAUUCUGAAAUGGUAAUUAAUAUUUCUGUAGCUAUUCCUGCUCGAUUUCGAACACCUGAAUUUCGAUGGUUUCGCACUACGCUAUUUAUUGCAUUAGGUGCUAGCGUAGUAAUACCGAUCUUUCACGCACUUAUACUCUAUGGGAAGCUUUCUCCUGGAACAUUUGAUAUAUGGGGAUCUUCCCAUCAAAUUUUUCACUUCUUUGUUGUUUUUGCAUGUCUUACUAAUUAUCAUGGACUAAUUAGUGCAAUGUCAUACUGGCAUGAACAUAAUUACGAUUGCAAACUGGAUAUUAGAUCAUUGAUCUAA